AUGCUGCAGCAAAUUUUGCGUGAUAUGUAUAUUGACCCUGAGCUCCUGGCAGAGCUGAAUGAAGAGCAAAAGCAGAUCUUGUUCUACAAAAUGAGAGAAGAGCAGCUGAGGCGCUGGAAGGAGAGGGAAGAAAAAGCACGAAUGGAGGAGGCCGUGCUGAGAAAGACAGCAAGGCGCAAACAGAGUAAUGGCAAACACGUGCAGUGGCUACGCGGGAAGGAUGGUGAGGUCUGGGUCUGGGUUAUGGGAGAAGCCCCAGGUGACAAGCCGUAUGAACAGAUAUCAGAGGAGCUAAUAGCUGAGCGAGCCAGGCAACAAGCACAGAAGGAGGCAGAAGAACUAUGGAGACAAAAGGAGGCUGAAAUUACAAAGAAAUUCCGGGAUGCUAUGGCUCAAGAAAAAGCCAGAAUAGUGGCAGAAAAAUGGAAAAUAGAAAUAGAAGAUCGGAAAGCUGCCAAAUUGGAGGAGGAAAAAAUUCAGGAGGAACUGAAGAAAAGAGAAGAAGAGGAAAGACAAAAGGGUGAAGAACAAAUAAGGCAGCAGGAAGAAAUCCGAGCAAAAGAGUUGUAUCUGAGCCUCAAGCAAGCUCAGCAGCAUAGUCAACACAGUGACGAUGACCAGGAGUGGGAAGAACAGUUGCGCCGCUCCAAAGCUGCAGAUGAGGAAAGGAGCCACAAGGCACGCAGGGCCCGGGACGAAUACCGACGACAAUCCUUGCGUGCCAUCCAGAAGGGAAGAGUGGCUGGCCUGAGUAAUUUGUUCCAGGGUACAAGCCUGAAUAACGAUCAGGAGAUAAAGCUGAACAACAACAGUGCAAGCCCUUUGCUGUCUCAAUUACUUGCCUUUCAAUGCAGUAACAUCUGGGAGCGUCCUUCUAGACCCUUUUCUCGAGAUGUCAUCAUUCGCUGGUUCAAAGAAGAGCAGAUCCCUCGACGCGCUGGCUUUGAGAGGAGCACCAACAGGAUUGCUCAGUGGUUUCAUGGUAUUAUCAGCCGCCAGGAGGCAGAAGAGUUGUUGAUGAAUAAAUCUGAAGGAACAUUCCUGGUGCGAGUCAGUGAGAAAAUCUGGGGCUAUGCAUUGUCUUAUCGCCAGCAAAGUGGGUUCAAACACUUCCUGGUUGAUGCUUCGGGGGAUUUCUACAGCUUCUUGGGGGUAGAUCCAAACCGACAUGCAACACUGACGGAUCUUAUUGAUUUUCACAAGGAAGAAAUCAUCACAUCCUCAGGUGGGGAGCUACUACUGGAGCCAUGCGGACAGCAGAAGAAUCCACCAGACUACAGCCCUUUAUUUGAAUAACUGAUCCAGGACUAACAGGAAUGUGUUCUGGAUAGCUGUAGUAAUAGAUAGCUACAAAAGUAAACACUGAAAAGUAGUUAACAAACUUCCAAAACCACUGGUCCUGUGGCCAAAAAGUAUCCUCAUUAGAAGGCCCAAAUAUUUCUGUUUUGCAUCUGAAUUAUCGUCACUAUUCAUAUUGCUAAAAUUUUAAACGUGAGAAAUUACUGGCAAAUUACAAAUGAGGACUGUUCCCAGAAAUUUUUCAAGGGGUUC